CAGGACAUCAAGCAUGAAGCCAGUGAUUUUCCAUGUAAAGUGGCCAAACAUCCCAGAAACAAAAAUAGAAAUAGGUACAGAGAUGUCAGCCCCUUUGACCACAGUCGAAUUAAGCUAAACCAAGGUGACAAUGACUAUAUCAAUGCUAGCUUGAUAAAAAUGGAAGAGGCUCAAAGGAGCUACAUCCUUACCCAGGGACCUUUGCCAAAUACUUGUGGUCACUUUUGGGAGAUGGUUUGGGAACAGAAAAGCCGUGGUGUUGUCAUGUUGAACAGAGUGAUGGAAAAGGGAUCCAUAAAGUGUGCACAGUACUGGCCACGAAAGGAGGAUAAAGAAAUGGUUUUUGAAGAUACAAACUUGAAACUAACGUUGAUAUCUGAAGAUAUAAAAUCCUACUACACAGUAAGACAGCUGGAAUUGGAAAACCUGACCAGCCAGGAAACUCGGGAGAUUCUGCACUUUCACUACACCACCUGGCCCGACUUCGGCGUGCCGGAGUCGCCGGCGUCGUUCCUGAAUUUCCUGUUCAAGGUGCGCGAGUCGGGCUCGCUGCGGCCCGGCCGCGGCCCGGCCGUGGUGCACUGCAGCGCCGGCAUCGGCAGGUCGGGCACCUUCUGCCUGGUGGACACCUGCCUGCUGCUGAUGGACAAACGGAAAGAUCCUUCUUCCGUGGAUGUCAAGCAGGUUCUCCUGGAAAUGAGGAAAUACAGGAUGGGGCUCAUCCAGACUGCAGAUCAGCUCCGCUUCUCCUACCUAGCUGUUAUUGAGGGGGCAAAAUUCAUCAUGGGAGAUGCUUCAGUGCAAGAGCAGUGGAAAGAGCUCUCCAAUGAAGACCUGGAGCCACCCCCUGAACACACCCCCCCACCUCCCAGGCCCCCCAAGAGAACCUCAGAGAUGCACAACGGGAGGAUGCACGAGCACCCCGAGUUCCUCCCCAGGCAGCAGGCAGAGGAGGAGGAGAUCAGGAGCUCAGGCAGCAGCACUGAGGAGACGGCUCCGGACGGCAGAGCCCGGCCAGCUGUGCCCCCCAGCACAGACAGCACUAGUCACGACACUGCAGCCCGGAGGAGAACUGUCGGUGAGAGCGCGCGGCUCUCGCCCCGCAAGGAGGAGCCCGGCAAGGAGAGCUCGGAGGAGGAGGAUGAGAACGUGGUGACCACCUGGAAGCCCUUCCUAGUGAAUAUCUGCAUGUUCACCUUCCUGACAGCAGGAGCUUAUCUCUGCUACAGGGUGUGUUUCCACUGACCCGUGGCCUGGGCGCUCCGGCUCGUGCUGGGCUCCUCGCAGCCCCUCCAGGCAGGGCAGCCUUGGCUCACAGCAGCUAGAUUUAGGGGAAAGGCCAGAACUUUGGGUAGGGCUAAAUGAGAGAAUCGAUGCACUAGGCUUUUAUCCAGCCCUGUGGUCCCAAGAACAUAAUAUUGUAAUCUCAGGGCCUUGAAAUAUUCAGGAGUAAGCAGAGAAAAUGCCAAAUAGUCUGUUUUCCUUUUUGGGUUUUUUUUUUGGUUUUUUUGUUUUUUUAAACUAAAUAAUAGAAUUACAACACAUUGUUGUUUUUAGCCUUUUUUAAAAAGCCAGUUCAUUUUCUUUUGUUUCAGAAAAACUAGGCACAAGUGAAACUUGCUUGUACUCUCCAAGUGUUGUAACCAAAUACAUGACUUACAUUGACAAGUUCCCAAAAAAAGAAAAAGAAACCCACAUACCUGAAGAAUGUAAACUUUUGGAAGGGGAGGUGUGUUUGUGGUUGGUUUUUGGUUUGUCUUUUUGUCUUUUUUUUUUUAACUUGCUUCAUCUUUAAAAACUGAGUUGUGGGCAGUGCCUGUGGUAUUGAUAUAUUUAAUCUUGGCAUAACUGUUCUUAAAGAGCUGAUUGUUUUACUUGUGUUGAUAGAACCAGGCUUCUGCAUUUGCUCAGGGUAUCCCAACACAUCCAGCUCUUUGAUUUUUUCCUUUUUUUCCUUUACUAGGUGUAUCUCCUCAUUGACUUUUGUUGCACUCUACUUGCACAUAUGCCUCUUUACAUUGCACCAUCCUUUCUAAAGCUGUUUUUACUUUUAUAUUCUGGGAGAGGUCAAGGGGAGGGAGAGAAUCAGGAAGGGAAAUUCAACCAAACCAUGUCCACCAGCAGUGGGUCCAUGUGUGUGGCCCUUGGAAGGACCAGUCCUUAAACCUCAGCAUUUGGAAUGUAAAAUGCAGUUUCACUCUGCAGCUGCUCCCACACCCCAGCGUGGCUUCCUGAGCAGGGAAGUGCUGGGGGGACCCAGAGCAGCUUCCCUGAGGCAGGAGCAGGAGCAGGAGCCGUGCUGGGCUCUGGGCAAAGCCCUUGGCUGCUGCUGGCAGCGUUGGUGUGUCCUGCUUUGGUGAAAGCAGAGAUCCCAGAGAUCCCUGGCUCUGCUCAGCCCCCGGGGUCCCACAGGGCUCAGGGGUGAAGAGCUGCUGGGGAGGAGUGGGGUGCACAGGGAGGGCUGGCACUGGAAGGCAGCAUUGCACCGAGCACCCGGUGCUGCUCCUUGGGGAAAUACCAAAUUAUUGAGAGUUUCUACAAUAAUAGCAAAGAUUCCUUUGCUUGUGUCGUGGUGCAGAGGACAGGAGCAACCUCACUCCUGGGAGC